GAAAAUUAUAAGAAUGUAAAAAUUGAGUAUGACGUAAUAAUUAUGUAGGCUGCGUGGAAGAAAUCGGGGCUAUCAUCGUAGUACAUUUGCCGCAAAAUGUCGUCUUGCAAAUGGUAAUAUGGCAUCGAAACUUUCUAAAGAAAUGUAAAUUUUACGAUUUGGGAAUGUGAAGUGAAAUGCAAAAAUUUAAAUUUGGCGGGUCAGGAUGACGUGUCAGAUGACUUAGCAAAACGUCGAAAGUGCGAUCGACUCCGCGAUGUAAACGAAACUGAAAAGCUGUCGCUGAUGUCGUCGUGAAAUCUGCCCCCGACGAAAACGUGUAACAAGUCGGAGAAGCCGAAGAUGAGGGCCAUGUAAAGUGGUUAAAAGUGCGUCGAUUCCGACUUUUGUUUCAUAUGCCUUUCUGCAUUUGUGCUGUAAAGAGUCGACGGCGCAGCCGUUGGCGUGAUCAUGUUUAUGUAGGGCGCAUGCGCACAUCAGUUUACAGUUGGGUCUCGGAAAAUGGCGUCAGCUAAGUUUCUCGAGGAAGCACUGAGUACGGAUGUGGACGAAUCGGCCGUGAGUGCAAUCGUGGGCUCCCUGGAGAACCAGCUGGUGACGUCGUCGACGACGGCGCCCGCGUCCGCUGCCCAGAACCACGUGAACAGUGCAAUAUCCAACGGCGGCACCGUCGGGCCCCCGAAGCACUCGACAGUCGCCAACGGCGACUCCAUAUCGGACGCCAAGACCGCCGACGCGGCCCCCGUCAAAAUUGUCUACUCGCAGGCCAUGGCGGGCACCGGGACGCUGCUGCCCAACGCGAGGGUCGCACUGCCGCCCAACGGAACGCUGCCCCAGACUGCCCCUGGCAAACAACCCACGCUGGUCAUCAAGACCUGCGGCGCCUCGGCACCCGGACUUGUCACUGUGCCCAUGAACGUGACCACCUCGGUCCCGCCAGCUAACAACGUAGGUAGUCCUAGUACUCAGUCCCCAAACAUCCUUUCCAACCUCCAGGUUGUCAAUGUACGGCCUGGCGUUCCCGCUCAGCAGCAGAAAGGACAACCGGCACGUGUCGUGCUCAGUGCACCACAGAUUGUCGGGGCCCGGCCAGGAGCUCCACAAUUAACAUUACAAACAUUUCACGGUUUGCAACCCGGCCAACAAGGUCAUUUGCUUCUCAAGACUGAAAAUGGACAGUAUCAGCUGUUGAGGGUGGGACCACCCCCAGCUACUGCAAAUCUCACAGCAACGUCGACUCCUGGAGGACAGCCAGUCACGUUGCGUAUGCAAACAGUUGCUGCUGCGCCAGCAAGUUCAGCAACUACCAGUCCAGCAGUAGCUGGUGGGACCACAACGGUCUCGAGUCAAGGUCAGACGGUACAGACUGUAACGACUGUUCAGAGACCGGCCAAUGACAAUACCAAAGAAAAGUGCCGUAAGUUCCUAGCAAACCUUCUAGAGUUAUCAAGUAAAGAACCCAAGUCAGUUGAACGUAGCGUAAGGACACUUAUUCAAGAGUUAAUUGAUAUGAAAGUCGAACCAGAAGAUUUUUGUGACAAACUGGAAAGAUUGUUAAAUGCAUCGCCACAACCGUGCCUAAUUGGGUUUCUAAAGAAAAGCCUCCCUCUGCUACGUCACUCGUUAGUAACGAAAGAACUGACGAUAGAUGGGAUCCGUCCUCCACCCGCCAAUGUUGUUUUCUCAAUAGCUAGCGGCACUCCAACAAUUCAGACGCAAGUACGACCGGGCAUAGCUUCCAACCAAGUGCGAAUAGUAGCCCCAGGCACCGCAGUUGUUAGGCCAGGGCAUGUACUCCAGCAACGGCUGGUAACUCCGUUGCGAGGCGCUACACAACAAACACCCAGAAUGAUGACGACGAUACGACAACCAAACUCAGCUGGAAACGUCAUCGUUUCCAGUUCACAACCACCAGCUCUCCAUCCUGUCUAUCCCAGUAACCAGGUCAGAGCUGGUAGCAACAUAAGGCAACCGUUACAGGUAAAUGACAAUCACAUAAUUGUCAAACGAACUUUAAGUGACAUUCUGUUGCAGAAUAAAUCUCCAAUGACGUCGAUGAAGCUCCAAGGAAGCAAACCGGCAGUGCCUUCGAUAGUUUCGCGACCUACCAGCAAAGAAAAGGAGAAAAAGUCAUUUUCGGCAGCGUAUACCGGCGAUGAUGACAUCAACGAUGUGGCCGCUAUGGGAGGCGUUAAUCUCGCUGAGGAAACCCAGAAAAUUUUGGGGUCGACGGAAUUCGUCGGCACUCAAAUCAGAUCCUGCAAAGAGGAAAUCAUGUGUUCAAUGGGACCUUUACAACAGAAAAUUAGACAGAUUGUGAUGAAGCAUGGCCUUGAGGAACCGAGCGCAGAUGUCGCUGCAUGUAUAUCGCACGCAGCACAGGAAAGACUCAAAAAUCUCAUUGAAAAGUUGGCCAUUAUCACCGAACACAGACUGGAAAUGGUCAAAAAAGACUUGCGAUACGAAGUCACAAACGACGUUAAAGGUCAGCUAAAAUUCUUGGAGGACGUUGAUAGGGCGGAGAGAAAAAGGCAUGAGGAAUUGGAGAGGGAGAUGCUUUUGAGAGCGGCGAAAAGUCGGUCGAAGACAGAAGAUCCAGAGCAAGCCAAACUCAAAGCAAAAGCGAGAGAAAUGCAGAGGGUGGAAAUGGAGGAAUUGAGACAGAGGGAAGCAAAUGCGACGGCUUUACAGGCCAUUGGACCGCGAAAAAAGCCGCGACUGGACGGAGAUGCGCAGUCGAGUUUAUCACAAGCCAAUGCUGGUGGAUUCAACAGUGGACUGAGAGGUCAGAUGCCAUUGAGACAGCGAAUGAAAAAAGUGACGUUGAGGGACUUGCAAUUUUUGUUUGAAACUGAAAAAGACCUAUGCAAAAGUAAACUUUUAUACAAAUCAUAUCUCAAGUGAUGCUCGCCUCUCGUCAGUGUUGUGAUAUUCGGAGACGUCGUGAGUGCCCCAAAUUUGUUUUUAUUCUCAUCUUCUGUUAUUGUUAUUUAUUAUGAUUUUUCAUUUUUAACCACUAAGGUCAUGUAAACAAUAUUUUAUCUAUUAUUUAACACGUUUUUUAUUUCCGAUGCGUAGCAUUGCCAUCAUUACUCUUGGUUAGCUUAAAAGAACAAAAUUGGUUUGCAUUGUUUAAAGUAUUUUUUUAAAUUCCAAACGAAAUGUUUUGUAUCAAAACUUUCAGAACAAUUUUUAUAUAAUAAAUGUCAAAAAUACAUCUAGAGACUGCGCAGUGCAAGCUUCAUAUUUUCCUACUUACAAUUAGUCAUAAAAAUUGUUUUACACACAUAUUUUUUGUUGAUAGUCUCAUAUAACACGAAGUGAAAAGAUUAAGUAUCGUAGGUUUUUCUACAGAUAUGUAAGGGUGUAAAUAUAUUGUAGAUUUUCUAUAAUGAUGUGAGUUUUCUUUAUAAGAAAAUAUUUUAAGAAGGUCAUGUUAAUAAUUUGUAAUUAGUUGUAUAAUUGUUUUUUAAUCUAACUAUGGAUAUAGAUAUAUAUAAUUUUUGUUAUAGAAGUAAUAUUUAAUAUAAUAAAUUGAUUAUUUGAUUCUAGUUUUGUUUAUUGUAAAUACAUGUGUGUUUACGCGUCAUUUUUAUAGCAAUUAUUUUGUAAUAAUAAAAUAUCCAUAUCUAUUUUUAUUACUAAACAUGUCUUCACUAGUAGUCACCAGGUUUUAGUUUGAUUUUUGUAUAUACAUAACCUUUAAUAAUUAUAAUCCAAGUACAUUUUCCAUUUAAUGGGUGCUGUGGAUCUGUAUAUACAGUA